CUUAUCUAGGUGUAGCGCUAUGACUGCUCAGUGCAGCUACACCGUUGAACCCGGUAGUAGUGAGGGACAAAAGUGUGAAGCUGUGGUGAAGCGAGAUGGUGUGCUUGCAUCAGUCUUCUGUCGAAUUUCACAGUUUUGGCCAGUCCGUCUUAUGGUGAAUGGUUUUCGGGCCUUAUGGUGGUUCUUUGGCUCUCCAUCUCCUGGAAAGGCCCCUUCUCUUCCAUGUGAAGACAAAAGUUCUCCCAAUGCACGCCAGUGUCGAUCAGGUCGGAAGCGUCUAGGAAGAACCACACGUUUGCUGCUUGCUAUCCUGCCUCGGCGGCUCCAGGGUGCUCUUGGCUACCCAGUGUGCACCAGCAUCGGCUGCUCUGUGUCCCCAGAGGUGUGCUGUUCUCCCACUAAGCCCUGUGGGAAAGGCAGUAAAAGGAAGCAGGAUGAUCUGGAUGAGGAUGAGGACCUGGAGCAGCAGUCUUGGGUGGAGGCACUCACCCAGGAGAUAACGACUGAUGAGGAUGAGACUGUUGAUCCUGACUAUGAACCCAGUGCAGUUGAGACUGAUAGUGAGGAGUACCGGACGCACAAUGAUACAGAGAGUGAGAUUGAAGUGGCUAUACAGGAAACUCUCUCCACUGAGGCAAAGUGAUGGAAGUGUGGAAUGUCUUUUAUAUAUUUAUAAAAGUAUUGGGCAAUUGUGUAAUUCAUAUUUCUUUUUUUCUAGAGAUUUUCAUGUAGGUAGCUAUUAAUUGCCCUGUUGUCUGGUCAUCUAGGCUUUUGUCUUGCCAGAAGCCUUGGUCUGUUUUUCUAGGAGUUUUCAGUGUGUUGUAUUGAUUUUCUGAAAUAAAUGAUCUGUUUAAUCUAA